AUGAUAGAUUUCAGACGGACCCCUUGCAGCAGUCUGUGGUCGGCGUACGAUCCUCGCGCAUUCAAAUUGGAAGGACUAAGUGAUGACCUUGAGAACAAUGUCCCGUCGGUUUGUAACACACUACUCCACGCCUUAAACAAAAUAUCAGUUAACCAGCAGUCUAGAGAAUCUUGUCCUAAACUAUAUGAUGAAUGUCACCUGAAUAAGCCUGCUGCGUAUCUAAAGCAAUAUUCUCCAAGUAGCAAUCACAUCUCCAGCGGCGGCGGUGUAUUGGGAUCGCACGUACACACUUGCAAUCCUAUCACUCAAGCCCGAGUUCACACAGGUCAACCUAUUAGUCAAGUUAGAGUUUCAACUCAAGUCAGCAAUAACAAUUACAAUAGUAAACUCAUGGCGCCGAGUUUCUAUGCUACACCUGCACCUGUAUAUAGUAGUGUGAGCAAUCCCCAACCAUACUCUCCGAAUCCUGGUAUUCUCAAUGGCACUCCUCCCAAUGUAGCACCUUAUAUCUGUCAAGAGCAGUACCGAGUCUCCAGAACCACGGAAUCAUCACAGUUUUCGGACUACCUGUUACUCGCUAAAGCAUUUGGGGCAGCUGUGGCAAUACUAAACAUGAAACCGAUAAAACCGCCUAGACAUCACCAGUUCCCAAUCUGUUCACUUAGGUCUAAGGAGUGGGACAAGGAUACCCUUAAACUUCAUGCAUGGUAAAUAAUAAGUGUGUUAUGUUCUAAUUUAUUGUUUAGGGUCAAUGCCAUUUGUUGCCAGAAAAUUCCUCGUACAUUGAAAAAGGUGUUUUUAGCUGUACGUAAGAGGUUGGAAUAUGAUUAUGCUCUUUGUGCAUUUUGUCGAAACAAUGGAGAGUCUCCUGAGAUCUAUGUUACUCAUGAGGUUAAAGAUCAAGAAGGUCGUGUCACCUGCCCUGUACUACGUGUACUUACCUGCCCAAAUUGUCAUGCAACCGGUGAUAAUGCGCACACAAUCAGUUAUUGUCCUCAUCUUAAACAAUUCUCUUAACUUUUGUUAUCAUUAUUAUUAUUUGUAUAAUAUUUCUGCAUAUGAUAGUCAUAUUAUUUUCUUAUUUCAUUAUUAUUUUUAUUUUCAAUGAGUUCUCAUUUUAUGUACGAAUGUUCCUAAUGUUUCCAAUGAAUUAUAAAGUACUUGUUCACUUAACACC